AUGUCAGGAACAGAGGAACAGACACCAACCAUGGAAGUGGACCCAGACCACCGAACAUCAACUAAAGAUGUUCGGUGCCCAGACGUACCAUCAACUUCCAGCACUAAGAAACGGAGGAAUGACGAAUCGACUAUAGUUGUAGACCCAAAUGAUGAAAGUCGUGAAGUCGGGACUGCCAAAAAGCCCAGGAUUGAAAUUGACGAAGAUCAAAAGAGGAAAUGUAUAACUGCCAUAGUAAAUAGCUACCUGACUUUGUACAGCACAAUGAAACUGCCAGUAGAGGAGUUUUACAACUUAGACGUGUGCACACAACUCACUAACAUCCUAUUCACAGGGUACAGUGUAUUGAGGCAAAAAGCAAAUGGAACUGGGAAAGCCAUAACAGGGAAAUCGGAGAAGAGUGGAUUCACUGUGAUCGAGAGUGACCACAGAAGGGUUAUAGUACUCCGACAUAUGGGCGAUCCCGCUCUUAUUACACUUUCAGUAACAAAUAAUGAAGUUGCCAAAUCUAAUUCAACAAACCGUAGAGAUAACUUAGAAUUAGGUUGGUAG